CCGACCACAGAGACAAGCAGAGGGGCAGGGAGCUAGACACACGACUGUCUGCGCUGGCUCUGCCCGGUGCUCCAGGCUGGGAUUCGCUGCCUGAGUUGGAAUCGCCGUCGAGUCUGAGUCGAGUCGAGCACCCAACCCUCAAAUUGCAGCUAGGUCAGAAGGUACAAAUUAUUCAGCCAUUCGCCAAAGCCCAGGCAGUGGUCAGAAGUGGAUAUAGUUCAACGGAGACAAUAUUUCCUGAUAGAAGAGGUGUCGGUCAUUUUACCUCAGACACAAGGACGGUGCCUUCACACCCAGCUCCCUGCCUGUCACCUUUGCUGGCUAUGGCUGAGGGGGGAGUAAUCUACACUUAUCUAACCCACCCGGCAGGCUCCCUGCCCAGCGACAGGUCAGCCCCGGAUCAGCAUCACACUUGUCCGCAGUGCCCGCUUUGGCAUCGGAUCGCUCUGCGGGUGGGCUGGGCCGGGAACAUCGUCCUGCUGGGAGCUGUGAUAGCGCUGGCUGUCCUGGUUGGUCAGUGCCCAUCCCAGACUCACCCCACAGCAGCCGUCCCGCCGACUGCUCAGCAGAGCAAUUCAUGUGAGAUCAAUGAAAACACACCAGCGUGCAACCGUACACUGGAGGGUUUCCGAUCCUGCCUGAAGCAAAAUUUGUGUGGGAUUGAAAACGGCUCAGCAGAGGGCACUGGGUGCAAACUCUGCCCCCAGUACUGGAUGCCGCACAUGGACAAGUGCUACUGGCUUUCUAAAGAGAAUCAAUACUGGAGCUGGGGCCGUGAUGACUGCUCAUGGAGGAGAUCUCACCUGCUAGUGAUCCAGGACCGGGAGGAGCUGGAGUUCAUACAGAAUCUUACAGGAAAUCAAAAUCCGGUGUGGAUUGGACUCAACAUCACAUCCCCAGGGAGGAAGUGGACCUGGGUGGAUGGUUCCCCGUUAAAUCAAACACUGUUUACGGUUUCGGGUCCUGCGGAAGAGAACAGCUGUGCUGCAGUCAAGAAGAGUCAGAUCAAGUCUGAAAUCUGCAACACUCAAUAUAAAUGGAUUUGCCAAAAGGAAGCUGUGCUCAUUUAAAUGGCUGGAUUGGGGACUCUGUCUGCAUAUAUGGAAUGCAGAACAUCCUGGGUUCUCAUCUCUAUUUCAGCUAACAAAGCCUCAGGCAGCGUAAAUCCGGGUAACGCCAAUAAAGUGAAUGGUGCAAUACUAAUUUACACCCAUUGGGGGUC